AUGGCAAACUCUGCAAACUUAGCCUUUUGUCUGGAGUACAGUAACCAUAAGACAGAUAUGAUGAACGCCUUUGAAGACUAUCUGCGCAACGAAUCCAUGGUUGAUGUGAUGCUCACAUGUGAGGGCCGGUCCAUCAAAGCGCAUAAAGUGGUGCUGAGCGCCGGAUCCACUUAUUUCGCCGAUAUAUUCAAGGAAUUCAAGAAUCCGUUUCAGUUCCCGGUUCUCAUCAUCAAAGACAUGCCGUUCCGGGACCUGAAGGCGAUCGUGGAGUUCCUCUAUCGGGGCGAAGUAGUGGUUCCCGUCGAACAGGUGUCCUCUCUGUCGAAGAGCGCACAGACUCUGCUCAUCAAAGGGCUCGAGAAGUACUUCAAUAAGUCAGCGGUGGUCGAUGUGGCCAACCAUACGAUGCCCAGUGCUUCCACUCACACCACCAGUACUUCCUCGGCUCAGGUCAACAAGACUAGUGUCAACACUAAUGGCAACUCAAGUGGCGAUAAGUUAUCCGUCAAACAGAACUUUUCAGUGAAUUCUGGGAAUCAAUUGAAACCCAAAUCAAAGGCCAAUACAAACGCCAAUACAUGUCAUGAGAUGAGGGCUGAACCGAAGCGAUCGAUUGGUAUGAGUUUGAGGAAUACUCGGCGACCAAACUAUAGACAACUUUCUAACGGAGACUUCAAUAGUGAGGAUGAGUUCAGUGAAGACCAGUUCAAUGGAGAUAUG